AUGCGUCACACGGGACUUCUCUGGGCAUCUCUCUUUCGUUCACGUAUUUUCAGGGACUGCGAAACAGGGCUGGAUAUCGUUCCUGAAAUUGAUGAAAAGCUUCUCGAUGAAACACGAAUACCAGUCGUGAACGAAAUUGCAAGGUUCUUAGAGGAUCUGUUUGAAGUGAAGAUUACCAUUAACCCCUUCUUUGAUAAUAGAGCUACCAACAAAAUUAACCAUGGAAAGAUAGAAAAUCUGGUUGUGACUCAAGACAAAUGGUUUAAUUAUGGAAAGUUUCAUUUACUGUUUGAGAAAUGGGAUGUGAUCAACCACAGCAGGCCAUCGUCUAUAAAAGGCUUCAGAGGUUGGUUAUCCAUAAAAAAUCUUCCUCUUGAUCUUUGGAGAAGAGCUAUCUUUGAAGUAAUUGGAGCUCACUUCGGUGGUUUGGAGAGCUUUGCACUGGAUACCCUCAACCUCAUUAGAUGCACUGAUGCAAGAAUUCAAGUUCGAAAAAACGUCAUGGCUGUUUGGGGCGUAGAGUGGUGGGUGUGCCAACAAUCACCAAAGUUCCAAACUAUAAGCCAGGUGUUUGACUCGCCAAUGUUGAUAAUUAAGGCGUUCAUUAAGAUGACACCUGAAGAGGAGCAGUUGAAAAUUGCUUCAGGUGAACUUUUUGAAAACCUCCGCUCAUCUACCAUUGUUCAGCCGAAGAAUGGUGGUUCAAAAAAAGGAAGAAAAGUUGUUAAUGAUGAAGAUGACUUCAAAAAGAGUAAGAAACAGAAGUCCAAGACUAAGAUGAAAAAGGCUAUUCGGAAUCUCCAAGAUCGAGUAGCGGUUGUUGAAAGGCAACUUACUAGUAUAAAAUCAGAUAUUGACGAAUUGAAGGGCAUGAUGUCAACCAUAUUGAAGCACAGUGGACUUCAAAGAAAGGGUGACGAAGGAGACUGCAAGGGGUUUGAAGGCUUAGUAGAUCAAACAGUAGAAAGUGAAGAAGUGGAUAAUGCUAAGACUGAAGAUGUUGACACAGGCGGUACCCCUAAUUGGUUGAGGAUGCCAAAGGAGGAUGAGAUAAGUAAUGGUGCGAAACACAUUGAACUUAAAAAGAAGGGCGACGAAGAUGUUCACACCGUCGGUACACCUCCUUGGUUGAGGUUUAAUAUUGAGUUAGAGAAGCCAAUCAAUGUGUUGGAGAAGAAGGUUGAAAUUGGUUUAGAGGAGCCAAUAGAUGUCGUUGACGAUGAGGUUGAAAUUGAGGACAGUGGAAAAAAACUUCGUACUCAUUUUGAUUCAGACAUCAAAGAGAUAGAACCAUUUCCCACUCAACGACCACACGUUCGGCUCGCCCGUAGGAAGCGUGCAAAUGUUUACCUAUCAAUCCCAUUCACAACUCUACCUAAACGGUCUAUGACAUCAACCACCACCACCUCUCAGUGUGAACCAAUUGUUUAUCAUCCUAUGCACAAAAUACUUGACGUCGAUUUAGAUAGACUUCGAGCUUGGAUUACGGACAAACGUACAGACGAUGAGGUGCGUGAAACCUUUCAUGGGAAAAAAUCGAAGAUAUUUUUCAGAGACUUCUUUAUGUGUCGUCGGUGGUUGGCGGAUGAGCAUUUGGAUGCACUUUUUCUUUUCAUUCGCUUGAAGAUUAAGGCAGUCGGGAUACCUUCUGCUCAGAACUUCACAACUGCAGACACAAUUUUUAUGCGCAUUUUAGUUGCGAAGUGGCUCCUAUACAAAGAAUGUAUUAAAGAUAAUCGCUCGUUUGACUGGGAGGAAGAGUAUAGGUUGACUAUGUUGUCGGGUCAAAAGAGGACUUCCAAGAUCAUUGGACAAGUGUUGAUUACGCUUACUCUCCAUUCAAUGUCCAUGCCAAUCAUUGGGUUCUAUUAUGCUUGGAUUUGGUAAGUUGUCAAGUCAAGGUAUGGGAUUCAUUUCCGUCACUUACAACUGCCGAAGAGAUGACAAACAUAUUACUACCCAUUCGAAAGUUGGUGCCAAAGUUGUUAGAUAGUAGUGGCUUCUUUGAUAGGAGAGGCAGAUCAUCGACAUACAAGGAACCUUGGCCAGUUGUCAUUGUCGACUCAAUUCCACUACAACGAAAUAAUAGUGAUUGUGGCGUAUUCACGAUUAAGUAUUUUGAGUACAUAGCUGCUGGUGUUGAUUUUGAUACAUUAUGUCAAGAAAACAUGUCGUACUUCAGAAAAGAAUUGGCAUUUCAAUUAUGGACCAACAUUAAUAUGUAUUGAAAUAUGUACAUAAAUCACAAGUAUCAAUUGGCUUUUCAA